AUGGACAUCCCGCUGAAGGAAGCUGUUCGCCGACUCCGAAACUAUGUUCCUCCGCCGACAGCGUACGAGGAUGUCCCGCUGUCCAGGCGGGCGGCAGUGUUGCUGCUGCUGUACGCUGAUGCUAAGGGAGACCUGAGAGUCGUGAUUACGAUCCGGGCCAAGACACUGAGUUCGUGUCGAGCUGAUGCACUCUCGGAGACGCCGUUCCAGACUGCACGUCGCGAAGCAUGGGAAGAGAUCGGGCUGCCGGGAAUCGAUCAGCCCCUUCCACAUCCCUUCACUGUCGAACACCUCUGCGAGUUCCCGGCAAAUCUUGCCAAAACCGAAGUAGUGGUGCGGCCCUGCGUGGCUCUACUGCACUCUUACGAUGCACAGACGGGCCAGAAUGCGGACCCCGAGAUCUCGCUCAUUCCUAAGCUUGAUGCGAAGGAGGUAGCUGCGGUUUUUACCGCGCCGUUUUAUAGUUUCUUGUGUUUGAGGGAUGGAGAAACACCAUUACCUUCCAAUUCCACUUCAAAUUCGAAUUCGGGAUCUGUGGGUUCAGCUCGGGCUGAUCAGGGUUCGUUGGGCGCGGACGCUAAUAACGAUCCGGGGGAUUGGUAUCGUGGAUCGUGGAGUUUGUGGCACAACUCGAAUUGGCGAAUGCACCAAUUCUUUGUUCGCGCAAAUACCCGUGUCGUCAUGCCCAAGCCCAAGCCCAAGCCCCACCAGGAGCACAUCGAACUAGCGGAUCCGGUUGGACAGGUCCAGCGCUAUCGCGUGUUCGGCAUGACAGCACGCAUUAUUGUGGAUGCUGCACGCGUAGCAUAUGACCAGGAGCCAGAAUUUGAGCAUAAUAGUCACUUUGGCGACGAGGCUAUGAUCGCUAAAUUAAGGCGUCUGGGUCGACUCAGCGCAGUGCGCAAGUCCUCUGAUCAAUUGACUCGUGAGACAAUGGAGAGGGCAGCCAAACUUAGUUAA